AAAUUCUACAUUAAACUAAAUCAAGAUUCUUUGUUGAUUUCAAAUCAUCGGCAUCUUCAAAUCUACAGCGUAAAAUAUGUGCAACAUUCAUAAUUUGCAAUGAUUAUGUGAAGGUUUUCGGAGUUGGAUCAUGCGAACGGUUUCAAUUUCCCGCAGGAUUUAAAUGCAGAGUUCGAAGUCUGCAGAGGAUUCGGGUGGGCGCAUUACACGCAAUCCCCAUUUCAUUACCGCUGAAUGCAUUCGGAUGCGAAAUGCGGGUAUUUCCAUGGAAAACGUUGGGUUUCUUUUUCUUGUUGUUCGAACAAUGUGAGAGCACAUGCAAUCAGGGCUCCCAUUCAACGUGAACUUUAUUAAUUCAAGUAAGAUCCGCUCGAAUUCGAUUCUUCGUUUGUUGUUAUCAAAAUCCCGACAGUGUUUGCAUCAAAUUUUCAUCAGCGGUGAAUAAUGUAUAAUGGAUUUGCAAUUUACGUUUGUAAAUUACAAUUGCGAUUACAUUACAAAGAAACUAUAUCUGUUUUUUUUUUUCAGAUUCUCUUGGAACUCAGUCAGUUUCUAUAAUGCUGAACGGCGAAGAAUCGGAAUUGACGUUCCUCAACAUUUCUAAUCCCAGGGAUAUAGAUAGGGCGGAUCCGCCGGAUGCCUUCGUCAUCAUCUACUCCGUCGUGGACAAGGCCAGCUUCUUGAAGGCGGAAGCGGAAAUAACGCGACUUCACGACGCCGAUCUGCUGCGGUCCAGACCCGCAAUCCUCGUCGGCAACAAAGUGGAUCUCGCUCGAAGCAGGGCGGUUUCCACGCAAGAUGGCAAGUGUCUGGCUUGCACGUUCCGAUCCAAGUUCAUCGAGAUCUCCGUCGGCAUCAAUCACAACGUGGACGAACUGCUCGUCGGAAUCCUGACCCAAAUUAGACUGAAGAGUUUCCAAAACGACAGGGACGGCAGCCAGCAGCAGUGGUACAAGAGCAGAGGCGUCGUCAGGGCGAGCAUGAAGGCCCGUCAGAUGUUCACGUGGCUCUUCGGCAAGGAAGAUUCGAAAUUCAAGAACUGUGAAAACCUCCAUAUCCUAUAGCAUUAGAUUUUAUACUUUACCAUGAAUAUAAUAACAUGCAUCCAUCACGUACGCAGGGUAUGUAUCACCACGACCAUCUCGAUCGCUCUCGAAAAGCAAUAGUCUUCGCAGAUCAAGAGUGAACCAGGUGAUUACCCAAAGAGCGCUCUUCUUUAAGUAACUUUCAAAUUAAACUAUAUACAUGUAACAAUAUUUCCUCUUCAUUUCUUGUGGCCUAAAACCAACAACUAACACACGUAAUUUGAAUCAAAAGAAAAUUUAUUGAUCCUUCCAAAAAAAUGAAAAUCUUAUUGUUUUCCUUCUCUACUAGAUUGUAAUUAUAUAACCAGCAUAUUAUGUGUAUAUUAAAAA